AGAAUGUUGCCGACUGCCUCCCCUCACAUUCACAAACCUCGUUUUGCCCUGCCCUGCCCUUAACCUAACCAUGGUUACUUUUCCACCAUCCUGAAAACCAACCCCCCCAAAAGCCCCAACCCUGAUUCUCCAUCGAGAUUCAUCAUACACAUACACAUGCAGCAGCAAUUUCUUCCGGCACCAGAAUUUGGGACAAACACAAACGCAUACACUCCCCCCAAUACUCCUUCCACUUUUCCGCUCUGCAACUGUAACAGAGGUGAGGCGAAGCGGCAUGAAUUGUUAACCUUCUUCUUUUCCGAUCGUUUCUUGAAUCAAGUUUCCGUUUUAAUUUGGUACCGAGUUAACUGGAGUGGAGGACAUUACUGAUUUGCGAUAUUUGAGAUCUGAAAGAAGUUCCCUGGCUCCGAUUUGAUUUUUGUUGAGAACCUGAGGUUGGGGGCUGAUGGAUUGAUUAGAAAGUGUAGUUGAGUUUAUGCGAUCUAAAAUUCAAUUGGGAAGGACUGCGAUUUUAUUAAUUGCACCUUUUCUGCUCCAACUUCAAAUUCGCUGCUGCCGUUUUGGGGGAAAAUUAAUUGGGAUUUGGUAUGGGAGUUUUUUCGUGGAAUAAUGAGGAUAAAGUCAUGGCGGCUAGGGUUUUGGGAGUUAGGGCUUUUGAUUACUUGAUGUCAAGUUCGAUUUCUGCUGAAUGUUCGUUGAUGGCAAUUGGAAAUGAUGAGAACUUGCAGAAGAAGCUCUCAGAUCUUGUGGAGCAGUCGAAAUUCGCCAAAUUGAGUUGGAAUUAUGCAAUUUUUUGGCAGCUGUCACGGUCCAAUAAAUCUGGGGAAUUGGUCUUGGGGUGGGGAGAUGGAUGCUGCCGGGAACCUAGCGAUGAUGAGGAGACAGGAAUUUCUCGGCCGAGGCCCGACGACAAUGAUGAAUCCGAACAGCAGCAGCGCGUGAGGAAAAAAGUUCUCCAGAAGCUGCACACUUGCUUUGGGGGAACAGAGGAGGAUAGCUACGCUUUUGGAUUGGAUAAAGUUACGGACAUUGAGAUGUUUUUCCUGGCUUCCAUGUACUUUUCAUUUCCGCGGGGCGAAGGAGGCCCUGGGAGUUGCUUUGGAUCCAACAAGCAUGUGUGGUUUUCGGAUGCAUUGAACUCGUCUGAGGAUUAUUGCGUUCGAUCGUACCUUGCCAAGUCGGCUGGUAUGCAGACUAUUGUUUUGAUUCCCACUGAUGUUGGUGUUGUGGAAUUAGGUUCUGUCAGAUGCAUCCCUCAAAGCGUGGAGCUCUUGAAGAUGCUUGGAUCCUCAUUUUCGUCUCUUCUCAGGGCCAAGCAACUGAACAUUUCUGAUAUGGCGACUGGUAACUGUGUAGAAGCUGUUGUUCCUAAAAUAUUUGGGCAGGAUUUGAGUUCGGGCCAGAUGCAAAUUGGGGAAAAAGUUGCUCUAAGGAAAGUUGAAGACAGGUCGGCUUGGGAUGGGAGCAACAAGCUGCUGUUUACUAAUGCUCUGAAUGGUUUUCAUGGCACAGGAUGGAUGAAGUACAAUCAUGUAAAGGCAGGGAAAACCACGGGCACUUAUGGAUCUAAAAACAUUUCCGAGCGCCCCAAUGGAGUUGGUGAUGAGUUGUUAUUACUCAGCAACAAAUAUCAUGGGGCAGGGGUGGGGGCGGGGCAAAUGCAGAUUGAUUUUUCAGGUGUGAACUCCUUGAGGCCUAUAAUCUGCUCCCCUCGUCUUCGGAGUGGUGAGUUGGAGCAUUCAGAUAUCGAGGCUCCUUGCAAGGAAGAAGCUGAACCUGAACCUAAACCUGAACCUGCAGGGGUGUUAGAAGACAACAGGCCGAGAAAGCGUGGGCGAAAGCCAGCCAAUGGGAGAGAAGAGCCCCUCAACCAUGUUGAGGCGGAAAGGAUGAGAAGGGAGAAGCUCAACCAACGAUUCUAUGCUCUGCGGGCGGUCGUACCGAAUAUCUCUAAAAUGGAUAAAGCUUCUCUCCUUGGAGAUGCCAUUGCUUACAUUACGGAACUUCAGAAGAAGCUGAAGGACUUGGAGUCUGACUCUGAGAAAGGCAGACGUGGAAGUGCAUUGAAAGAAGCUGCCGCUGAUGAAGAAGCCUUGAGAAGCGUCAUUGACAUCAACAUCGAAGCAGUAGAUGAUGAUGAUGGGGUAAGGGUGAGGGUGACCUGCCCGUUGAAGAUGCACCCUGCAUCAGGAGUCAUCCAGGCAAUCAGGGAUGUCGAGGGAACCAUCAUUGACUCCAAAAUGGCAAUGGUGGGGGUCGACAGAAUGUUGCACACCUUCAUCGUCAAAGGAUCGAAAUCAUCAUCAGCAGCAGCACCGCUCAGCAAGGAGAAGCUGAUGGAAAAACUCUACUCCCAACACGGCAAUAGAAAUGAAAUGGAAGGAUGAACAAGUUACUACUUACUUACAGCCAAGAAGAUAGCAGCUUUUGCAUAAUAUAAAAUUAAAUGGUAUGAUGGUGAUGGUGAUGGUGAUGUGAUGAUGGAGUGGGGAGUUUGAGGAGAGAUUAAGAUUAUUGUUAUGAGUAAUUAAGUUAAGGGCGAGCAGCGUAGGCUAGGAGGGUUCAUUUCAUUUAAUUUCAUUUGGAUGUGUUACGAGGCGUUGUUUACAUAUAGCAGGGUAGAGUAGAGUACAGUAGUGUAGUGUAGCGAGACAUAGCUAGAGGUAAAGACUAAAGGUGCAUGAUAAAGAUUAGAUUGAAUUAGAUGUAGAUUACAUAGACAGCCCGACCGAUAGAGAAAUGGUCAUGAAUUGAAUUGAGCUGAGUUGUUUAACGAAACUUGUUUUUCUAUGUUAUAGUAAAAAAUAUUGCUUGAA